CAUAUGUCGAGAUCGAUUAGAAUUGAGUAUCUAAUUCAUAAUAUGGUGUACUGUUAGCGAAUCAAUAAUUAGUUAGCAUGUUUGUAAAAUAAAUACCGACGCACCUAGGUUACUGACCUGACAGCGGCACUCUUUUCAUCAACAUCUAUACAGUUUUGUGAAGCUGAGCAAACUCAAGUGUGUGUUUGUUUAUUUAUUUAUUUGUUUAUUUAUUUUCAAUACAACUGCGGCGCGUCCUAUAUAAAACACGUUCUGAACCAUGACGAUUCUUCUGUGUUUAUAGCGUGAAGGCAAUAUGGGCUAAACAAAGAAACAUAUGCUGACACUCUCCGUAUAGAGCCAUCAGUGAUCGAGAGCAGUUUUGCACGGGACAGCAUCCGGAAUCGGGUGCUGACUGAUACAUUAAUGGUGAUUGAAACGCCAUGGAAGACGCUGGAUCAGACCUCAAUGCACACAGAUCAGCAAUCAUAUCCGAGUUAAAUAACGCCCGAACCACCACCCAAAACUUGUGAGUCACCCUGCCCAAGUAAAGGACCUACAGGCAUUGGUAGCCCUGACUGACCCAGAGGAAGGCAAGUUAAUCCAGUCUCGAGAUAAAACCCUGAGCUCUUUGGAGGUCUGGAAGUCCAUGUUUGCAGCAGCUGCACUGAAUACAGAGUAGAGACACCAUUGUAAUGAGUGGCAAAGACGCCGACGGGGAUGCCAGACGGGCAGUGCCCGGCAAGGCCACAGACUGCGACAGCACGGUGCUUUCAGACACCAUCUCCCUGAGCGACUCCGACCCCGAGGACUCCACGGCUCCCUACGACCCUGAAGUGGAAGACUUAUCCUCGGACGAGUCCUCCGAUGGGGACUGCAGCCCUGAAGAGCCUGCGAGACGCUUUGGAUCUGCGUCUGCUGCUACGAAGGAGCCUUUCCAGCUGAAAGGUACAAGCUCAGGCUUCUCCUUCCGCAGCCAGAGCAUAUUCGACAGCCUGGGGGCCGCUGGCAGAUGCGCAGCGCCUUCCCUAGGGGAAGAUGACCUCAUCGACGGCCCCUUCGUGCGCCCCCUACCCCCUCUGGCCAAGAAGGAGGAUGCGGAACACGGGGCUCCCAGGCCCCUCUCCAGGGCCGUGCCAGACUACCUGGCCCACCCAGAACGCUGGACCAAGUACAGCCUGGAAGACGUGCCGGAAAGCAGCAACCAGAGGAACACCGCGGUGGCCCAGGAUUUCAUGGAGAGCCUGCAGAAGAGGAAAGGAGAGUCGAUGGACACUCAGGAGUCCUUCUCUCCAUCCUUCAACCAAGAGAACUCCAGCAGCGCGUCAGGCUGCAGGAUCGUCUUCUCCAAGCCCAGCAGAGCUGCGGAUGCUGCAGAGAAACGGGAGGAGUGCGAGGGGAGGGAAAGGAGCCUGGAGGAGGAGGAGGAGGAGGUGAAGAAGGUGGGUCUGCUACACCUGAAGGAGCUGGAUGAUGAAGUGAAAGCAGACCUGAAGAGGAAGAGGGCUGAUGAGGGGGAGGGAACGGGGGGGCGGGCUGCAGCAGUGGGAUUUCACAGCAGCCGGAAGAUUAACAGGAAGAACAUCCGAAAGACUGUGGAGAACCAGAAGGAGGAUGACUAGAUACCCACGAGUCAGCCGUGAAUAGGGAUUGGAGAGGGAUGAGGGAGAAGUCUUUUACUAACCUGUUUUUUUUUUUUCCAAUCGCAAGGAAUGUUUCUGUUGCCCUCCAAACAUUGUUCCUUUCAUCAUUGCAAUAGUGUGUUCAGGACAGUAUAUAACAUGUAUCGCCAGUUCUCACGAGUCACAAGCAACCUGCAUAUCCCCUUGGCUCACCCAGACUGCUUAUCAUUAGCUGAAAAUCUUCCUUUAGAACAAUGCAGUGCAGGGUAAUAAUAGCAAUAGAUGAGCCCCUACCAUAGAGUGUGUGUGUGUCUGCUAGCUAUCUUCUUUAUCUUCUGUCAUUUCUUCAAUAUGCAGAUGGGAGAUCAUGCAAGGAAAGGCUUCCGGUAGCUUGAAACACUGUAUUUGUAAUAAAUUGCAUUGUAUUCAGAUCUGUAUAUGAAGAACAUUCAUACUUUUACAAUGCUGCAGAAAAAUGUGAAACUGUUUUGGUUGUUUGCUAUUAGUAACAUGUUUUGAUAGGUGAUUGUGAAUAAAUAAAAAUACAUGGAAUAGUACAGUACUGUUGAACAAUAAAUAGAUUUUAGAAGAACAAGUUUUGUCCUGCUUAGUGUUACCUGACACUGCAUAUUUAAACAUACUUCUUAAAGUGUUUCCUGACCUGAUCGUUUCUGUGGGACUUAAAAUGAAAUAAAAAC